UUGAUACACGCACGUAGACCCAGUCCCGCGAGGUAUAUAAAUAGGACAUGUUUAGCUGCAAUUAAUUUAAAAACAUCUCGCGUGGAAGAGAUGAACAACCAAGAGUACUUAAUAAGCAAAUUCGUUACUUAAAGAUAUAAUUCAAGAUGAUUGAAGGGUACGGGGCAGUGACCCAAGCCCUUCUGGGGACUCUCUUGACGUGGGGACUCACAGCAGCCGGCGCUUCUUUAGUAUUUUUUGUACGAGGAAAACAGAGAAAACUUCUUGAUGUUUCACUUGGUUUUGCCGCUGGUGUUAUGACUGCGGCAUCAUACUGGUCACUCUUGGACCCAGCAAUAACACUUUGUGAGAAACAAGGGAUAUAUGGCAAAUAUUCUUUCCUGCCUGUUGCUGCGGGAUUCCUGCUUGGAGCUGUAUUUGUAUUUGGAACUGAUGUAUUCUUAGACUAUUUGGGACUCAAUUCAGCCAAUAUGAUGAUGUCCAUAACAAAAACUAAAGAGGGCAAAGAGAAAAUAGAAGACUUGGAAAUGAUGACGGCGCUGAACCGGCCGCCGGUGCCAACGAGCGUGGUCACGCUGGACCCCGUGCAGCCGGCCGACUUCGCGGACUGCAUCAACAGCCAGCACUCGGCGCAGCGCCGGCGGCACCACCACUCGCAGCACUCGCUCUCGAAACCCACAGAGAACGGCGAGGGUGACCGCCGCGACAGCCUCCAGCGGUCGCUGGAAGCGCGACAGUCGCAGUGGAAACGCAUCAUGUUGCUGGUGGUCGCCAUCACCGUCCACAACAUUCCUGAAGGCCUUGCCGUCGGCGUGUCCUUCGGCGCGGCGGCGACCAGCGAUGACGUCGCCAAUUCCUUCCAUGUCGCCAGGACACUAGCCCUGGGCAUCGGCAUCCAGAACUUUCCAGAGGGCUUGGCGGUUAGUUUGCCACUUCAAGCUGCGGGAUUCUCCACUUGGAGGGCGUUUUGGUAUGGCCAGUUGUCUGGCAUGGUGGAGCCAGUGUUCGGCGUGCUGGGAGCGGUGGCGGUGGCGGCGGCGGAGCCCGCGCUGCCCUACGCGCUGGCCUUCGCCGCCGGCGCGAUGAUAUACGUCGUCGCCGACGACAUCAUCCCCGAAGCCAAUGCCUCAGGCAACGGCAAGCUGGCAACGUGGGGCUGCAUCGCCGGCUUCAUGGUGAUGAUGUGCCUGGACGUGGGGCUCGGCUAAACGCCCGCGACUACCCUUCGUGUCUUCUCACCGCGACCACGGCUCCCAGAUAACAAUCACUGUAGAGCGCAAGACAAACUGAAACCAGAGCAGAAACAAAGUAUUUAAAGAAGUCUAAUAUGGAACCAUAGGUAACUAUUUUCUAAUGUUUAAUGUUGGUGAUAUGAGUACUGAAAUGGCAUACGAUUAUUUAUUUUUUGGUCUAUCUUGCGCUCUAUAAUUGCAACUGCAGAUGCCCCCAAUAUUUGUGCACCUAAUAAAUUGGGCCUGAGUUGGUUCAUAUAACCGGGCCUUGCAUUGCUAAAAGAUUAGUUCAAUGUCAGUGAUAUUUUUUCUAUGGUAUUUAACUAGGUAUAUCCUGUGCUCAUUUUCUUACAAAAAACUACUAUAGUUGUCUGCCCCUUAUCUUCUCACCUUCGUAACCACUUUUUCAGGAACUAAUUUCAAUUAUGGCUGCCUGUCUGUGUCCAUUUAAUAUUAGCUUAAAUUACCUGAAUAAGUAUAAAGUAAAUAUGAAUUUCCUUAAAUCCUUAAAACAAUUUUAGACCAUUUAUGUGAUUGUAAUAUUUACUAAAUUCCAAAUAAAAAGCCGAAAAUGUAGUUUAGUAAAAUAUUCAGUAGGUACACCUAAUAAUUAUUGUAUAUAUGACCUAAUAACAUAUGAUGAUGAUGAAAUAUGCACAUAUGCAUCUUGGGGGGGCUAUUGUUCCGAAUGUUAUUUAUUUAAUUAAAACGCAUCAUCUUAUUAUAUUACUUAAAGUAUUCAAAGUUGCCAUUGUCAACUAUUUAUUACGUGGAUGUAAUUUUUUUCGGUUAACGAAAUACCUACAAAAGUAAAUGCAAUAAUACGAUAUUCCUUGUAAAUAUGUACGAUAAAAUAAUGGUAACUAAUUAAGGUACUGCCAACAAUUGAUAUCAAUCAAUAAAUGUAAAUUUAAUAAUUCAUUUA